GACGGAGAGAGUUGAAUCUAGGCAACAGCUUUUCUCUCUCUCCUGGGACUGGGUAUUUACAUAUAUAUAUAUAUAUAUAUAUAUAGGCACAGAGAGAGGAAUGGAAAAUAAAAGUGGAAUAGAGAGCUAUGUGGUGGUACACAACAUAGCGAAAAGGCAUAACGUGGGGACAUUGGCGCGAAGCGCGACGGCGUUCGGCGUCUCUGAGUUGAUAGUGGUUGGCCGCAGGGACUUCAACGCCUUCGGAAGCCACGGUUCUACUUCUCACCUCCGCUUCCGCCACUUCCACUCUCUUUCCGACGCCCGCCACUUCCUCAAGGAGAAAGAUUGUGAUAUAUGCGGAGUAGAAAUUACGGAUAAUGCGGUUGCUAUAAAUCAUCAUCCGUUUAAGAAGAGCACUGCUUUCCUUCUCGGAAAUGAGGGAACUGGGCUUUCUACUAAAGAAUGUGAAAUAUGUGACUUUUUUGUUUACAUUCCGCAAUACGGGUGUGGCACUGCUUCAUUGAAUGUUACAGUAGCAGCUUCCAUUGUGCUACAUCAUUUUGGAGUUUGGGCAGGAUUUUCCGAGAGAAUUCGUGAUGGGAACAAGUUUGUUGUGGCCGACAGACCAGUGAAACAAGGACAAAACUACUGUGCAGAAUCAGCAGAGUGUAUCACAGAGGAGCGAAAAUUAAAAAGGGAAAAUGCUUCUAAUGGGUUUUUUGAUGAGAGUGGGAAAGACAAUUCACCUUCUAACCUUCUGGAUGCAUUAUUUCAUGAUCAAUGAUACAAGGAAUUGAAACACGUUAUGCUUCUUUUUCGCGAUACAGAACUUUGGCAUUGGCAUUCCAAACGCAGAAACCAGCGUAUGUAUUAAUGCUCGCAGCUUCUAAACUAGUUUUUAGUGGAGAGAAAUGUUGCAUGUUAAGCUUUUGUGGCCGGAUACAUUGAAUAUAUAUUAUCUAUUUUGCAUGAAUCACAUUUUGUACGAGGGUUUUGUAAGCAAUUUUUUAUUUAUUUAUUUUUUUUUAAAAUUUAUUUAUUCUAUUUGAGCAAUUUAUAAAGGAUAUUGUGCUUUUUCUCAGUUGGGUUCUUUUUCAUGUAUGUAAAACUAUGUUAUAAUGCUGAGUUUGAAAAUCUCA